AUCAAAAUCAAAACAAAGCAAAUUUAUUAUGAUUUCGCGGGAAUUCUGUUUGAUAGGCGUUUAAAUUUAAGUUGGGCAUUAAACUUUAGUUGCUUUUUAAAUUAGUGCUUAUUAUAAAAUGAGUGCUGUAGCAAAGAAGAGAAAAAUGAAUUCUGAUCUGCCUUUAUGCAAAUAUGGAGCUGAUUGUUAUCGUAAAAGUUCUGAUCAUCGCAAAAAAUUUCACCAUCCUAGAACAAACAAAGAGCUGCAGACUUCAACAUCAGAGGAUACAACACAAAAAGAAUUGGAGAAAAAUAUGAAGAUUUCUAGCAAAGCUAAAAAGGGGGAAAGCAAUGAUGUUCUUGAUGGAAAAAUUGAAGCUGAACAAGCUUUGCCUGAAGUAGAUAAAUCAGAGUUCAAAUUUGUUGAAACUGUUGAAGAAGUUCUUAAUAAUAUGCCAAAGGAUUUUUCUGACUUUUGGAAAUUUUGCUGUACUUUGAACAAAGCAAAACCGGAAGAGGCUUUUGCUGACCUGGGCCUUCAUUUAGUUGGGGUGUAUGACAUUUUAUCAAGGAAAUUACCUAAGAACAAAAUUGUACUGUUGCAUUGUCAUUGGCGAUAUUAUUAUGAUCCUCCUGAGUUUCAGACAGUUUUAACAGUAGAUGGAAAUGAUUUAUAUCAUAUAGGAUAUUUCAGGGAUGAUCCUAAAGAAUUGCCAUCUGUUUUAGCAUCCAACAGUGCAAAAUUGGGACCUAAACUUACAGUUAUGGGUGAUAACAUUUUUGCUGCAGUAAAUUUCGAAAUAACAGAAGCUAUCAAAAAGUCAAAAGAUAAAAAAAUGGCAGCAAAAUUUAAAGGAAUGCAAGACAAGUUGAAAAAAUUUGCAGCUGAAGAAAAAUACUCUCUAGAUAUACAAUCACAGAAAAUCAAAGCCAGGAACAAAAAAAUUGUUUCAAAGACUUUUCAUGGACUUGGAAUUGUGGUACCUGUUGUUAAUGAUAUUGGCUAUAGACCAUUGCCAGAUUCUGAUGCAACAAUUAAAAAUAUUCUUCGAAGGAUUGCUUCAGCCGAAGAUGAGAGCAAGAGACUGGAUGAGGAAGAAAAAUUGGAUGAAUUAAUAUCGAACGUGCAGUUUGCCAAUGAUGAAUGUGAUUAUGGGAUGGGACUUGAACUUGGCAUUGAUUUAUUUUGUUUUGGUGAUCCAUAUUUUCACUCUCAUAUUUCUCAUUUAUUACCUUUAGCAUAUAAUCUCUUGAAGAGAGAAAAAUAUGCAGAAAUUAUAAAAGCGCACUUACAAAAAAGGAAAAAGUCAGGUCUAUUUAAUGAACUUGACACAUGAUAUCACAUAGUUUAAUAUUUAAAGAAAUCAGGACCUGCAAAAAAAUAAAGAUAUCUUUUAUAUGAAUUUCAAAUCAUGUAUCUGGCAUAUAUUGCAGAUAAAUUGUUUUAAUUGCUUUUAGCUUUUAUUUAUAUCUACAUUUUAUACAUCCCCCAUAAUAUAUUUAUAUCAGACCUAUAGUUUUGUUAUUUUCUCACGCUUUACCGAAUAACUAGAUUGCCUGAUGAAGUAAAUAGAUCAAUUUACUUCUGUAUUAUCCUAUUUUAAGCUGUAUAAAUUUUUACCCUAUGUAUACCCUAUUUUAAGCUGUAUAAAUCAUUGUGUUCCUUGUCUUUGUUAUAACCUAAAUUUUAUCUAUAAUUUUUAAAUUUACUCAAAUGAAUUUAAUUGUAUUUAUAUUAUUUUACAAUUCAGUGCCUCAUUGUAAAUGUUGUCAUUUGUGUCUAUAAUUCAUUGUAUCAUAUAUGUCUAAAGCAAAUAGUGCUAAAAAAAUGUGAUAGUUGUUGCAGAACAAUCAUAACAGUUAAUGUUUAGUGCAGAAUUAUGUAUACCCACUUUCCUGAAGAACAAUUUUGUCUAAGUUGCACUAUAUGCUGUUAAAAAAGUUGCACUAUAUGCUGUUAAAAAAGUUUGUUUCAUUAUAUUGGCUUUUAAACGCUGUUUAAUAUUGACUAUUUAAGAUUCCUUUAGUCUGCAAAAUGAAAUUAUUUGUAAUUUAAAAAUAUAGUAAUAAUUUAAAUAAUGUUGCUCGUAGCACAUUUGUAAUACUGAAAAGUCUUAUAGCAGUAAAUUAGAUAUAAUUCUAUGCUUGAGGUCAAAGAAAUAUAAACCUUUAUAUCAGACUGUUUUGUGUUUAACGUUAUGUUGAAAAAGUUUUUUUUUAGUACAGUUGUUAUGCAAUGCUAUGAAAUGUUGAGGGUAUGUUAAAUGAAGGAAAUAUUUAAAUCUUGAGAAAAUAUUAAAUAUUCUAAUUUUAUUGAAUCAGAGUAAGUUGGUUAAGCAUUUUGUGAAAAUGUUAUCAAAUAAAAUUUAUUUUUAAAAAACUAAAACUAAAAAUUUCAUUGUUCUUUCUUUCCAUUAAAUAAGUUAUUGUGUGAUAAACACUACCAAAUCCAAAAAAACAUAAAGUGUCUUUUAGAAAGUUCAACAAAAAUUAGAGAUGUACCAAUGCCUAAAAUUGUAUAGGGUCUGGGUACCCAGUGAAAUUUUAAUCUUUUUUCACGGCCAGUUCGAGAAUACAGUGAAAUUUUUAUCUGUUAUUCAGCCAGUUUACGGUAUUGACAAAAAGUUUUUAUUAUUACCGACCAGUUCCAGGUAUCCAGGAACUAUAAUACCCAGCAAUGCAUUAUAGUAUUUCAGUUAAACAAAAUAAAAAUUGUAUAAUUUGCUAUUGAACAAAUAUUUUGUGACAUGCAGUUCUUAGAAAAUUUUUUGAGCAGCUAUAUUAAUAAAAAAAAUUUUUAUUUUCAAAUUUUUUUUAAAUAUCCUAAAGUGUUCAUUUUACUGAGGCUUUCCUGAUUUAAAAUACUACACAAGACCAAAAUAUGUCCCACAUUAACUAUUUCAGCUUUGUUAUUAAAAAACUGAUAUAAUACUUAGAUUUCUAAAACAGCUAUAAUUUUUGUAACAGUUCUGAGGUUACUAUAAAUUUGCUGAUUUAGAAUUUUUGUUUUACUGGGUAAUAAGAAUUUUUUUUCGGUUCAAAGUAAGGAAAUUUAGCUAAUUGUAAUAAAAAAUAAGCAUGCUUAGAACAAAUUCUGGCAAUACUAAAUAUCAACUACUUAUCUAAAAAGGAAUGUUUUGAAUUAUGAAUUGUAUAAGAAUUAAUUUUAUGAAUUCUUUUACGUGUAAUGAAGCUAACUUUAAUGAGUUUUACUAAAUUUUUACAGAAUAGUGGAAGAAUUUUAAAUGAAGAAAUGUUAUAAAUUCUUUUGCACCUUAUUUUUAAAAAAGUUGUUAAAUUUUGAUUUGUAAUUUGUUGAACAUUAAGUACUUCUUUGAAUUUGUAAGUCUAUUUUUCCAAUUUAAUCUUAGCAAUUUUCAAACUCCUCCAUUUGUUUUGAUUUUCCGCAUUUUAAUUCCCAAAAAUGUUACUGAUUUAUUGCGCGGAAAGUUUUUGGCCGACGGGGAUCAAACUCAUGACCACUUCAACAUAGCCCAACGCCCUACCAACCAGGCUAUCCUGGCCCCUUAUAAAAUAUAAAACAUAAUAUGUUAAGCAAUUGACUUUUAAUUAUAAAUAAAAAAUUCAUAUAAUUUGCUUUAAAGUUAAUGAAGAGAAUUUCUUGAACAUUGUGAAAUCAUAUAUUCAUGGAAGAUAAAUGCACAUUUCAAGUAUUUUUAUUUUUCAUUGAAUGAAUUCUUUGUGUGUCUUAUAAUGUUAUUAAAAUUGUCCACAUGUAAUUUUUUUAUACUUUUUUGCUUUUGAAAUAAACAAAGCAACGAUCAUAACAUUUGUUAUAAAGCAUUCUAA